GGGCGCCGGAGCCUGGCGGCCCAGGUAUGGAAUGUAUUCUCUUCACAGUCCUCAGAUUCUCAGCUGUUGACUGCAGAGGAGAGGGACCAGAUUCUACGUGACCUUAAGAAAGCAGGAUGGUCAGAAUUAAGUGAGAGAGACGCCAUCUACAAAGAAUUCUCCUUCAAAAAUUUUAAUCAGGCUUUUGGCUUUAUGUCCCGAGUUGCCCUACAAGCAGAGAAGAUAAAUCAUCACCCUGAAUGGUUCAAUGUGUACAACAAGGUCCAGAUCACUCUCACAUCACACGACCGUGGUGGGCUGACCAGAAGAGACGUGCAGCUGGCGAGGUUUAUUGAAAAAGCAUCCAUUUUUGUGUGAUUUCUUCCAAAAUGAGUGUAACAUCUUAUACCUAUCUUAGCUGCAAUAUAUUCUGAACGCAACUUACAUCAAUAAGUUACACUGUAAAUCAGUUAAACUUUAUACAUGUUGUAUAAUCAGUACUUAAAUAUAAAAUGAUUUAAACUUGAA